AUGGCCGCGAGCCUGGCCGGACAUGCGGAGGUGGUGGAAUUGCUCAUUCAGAGAGGAUGCAACGUCACCAUCGGAGACCAGGACGGUUACACGCCAUUGGAUGCAGCAGCUUCGAUGGGACACUUCGAGGAGAAAGCAGCGAUUUGGGCGCUGCAGGUGGCAGAGGUGCUCAUGAAGUACGGCAGGGCAAAGGAACUGCACACCUUUCACGACGACGGCUUUGCCCCGAUUCAUCGUGCCUGCUGGGGCGAUGGUCACGAGCAUUUCAAGGUAGUGCACGUCUUGUUGGAGGCCAAGAUCGACCCCGAACUGCGUGCGAGAAAUGGCACCAGCUGCUUCCAGCUUCCAUAUUCCCAUGAAUCGUCGAAGAAAUCCUCGGUGCACCACUCUCUCUGGAAGUUGAUGGUCCAUUUGGCCUACUUGGCAUUCCUUUGUGGAGCGGCUGCGGUUGAGGUGAAUCUCGAGAGCAAGGUGCGAGCACGGCAGCCCCUCUUGCGCGAGCACCACGCCCCAGCGAUCUCGCCCGGCCACGCCGCGGUCCUCGCGGCGAUCUCGCCCAAGGGCGAGGUCCUUGUGGCGGGAAGGACGCCGUGGCAGCGUGGUGAUCACCCGGGUGAUGUCCUAGCUGUGAGAGACUCCAAAGAACGAGUGAAGAAGGUGCAGAAAGGCACGGGUACUCAAGGUACCCAAGGUGAGAAAGCUGCUUGGAACUCUGGUGGUCAUCGCGUGGAACUCUGGCUUGCUGGCUGCCUGAGUGCUUUGGGCUCGUUUGUGACUUUCGUGUGGCUUUACCAAGCCAAGAAGGCAUGCCAAGCAGUUGCACCAGAAGAAAGCCUGUCGCCGAGACCGGGUACAGUCACCUCCACCAUGCGAAUCCUUUGUAUCACCAGUUUGUCCAUCAGCUAUGGCGCCAUGAUUUCGUCGAUGACGAUCUUCGUCCUGCCCAAAGAAGCUGACUCUUGCCAGAUCCGGGAUCGAAUUGAACAUUUCUACCCGUCUCAUGCUUCCAUGAGCCUGGGCCUUUUGGAACUCCUGGGCGCCGCGUGUUUGCUCUGUGGCCCGGUGGCGGGCCUGAUCUCAGACCGCAUCAAACAUCCAAUGGGACGGCGAAGGCCAAUGGUCUUGCUUCUCUCGCAGCUGGCAGUGACUGGAACCAUUGGAUGCUGGCUCUCGUCGACGUACCGUUCGCCUGCCGCGUUUGCCGUCUGUCUCCUAGUCCAGCAGAUCGGAUGGAAUAGCGCCCAUGCCGCACACAAUGCCCUCCUGUCUGAUAUCAUUCAUCCAUCAUGUACUGGAUUAGCUUCAUCGAUCCAGACCAUCAAUGUUCUUCUUGGCGGCAUGCUGGGGAUGCUGUCCUUCCAGGCUUUAGCCCACGCAGGUGUGCGUCACAACUACAUCUAUGCCGUUCAAGCCGGAAUCACAUACCUCUUCCUCCCGGUGACCCACUUCUCUGCGCAAGAGGCAGGUAGCCACGGCAUGCUGUUGCCCAGUAACCCCAUCUCUCUUCAGAAUGUCUUCUUCAGUCUCGGCGAAGCCAAGAGUCCAGACUUUGUGUUGGUGAUGUGGGAACGAGGCUUCUACUAUGUUGCGGCGGCUUCCAAAAGCUUUCUUCUCUACUUCGCCCGAGACAUGUUGAAGAUCACCUCCGAAAUGGAUCAAGCCUUGCUCCUCUCAGAGGCCUCUGUGAGCACCGUGGGUGCCGCAGUUCUGGGUGGUUUGUUGUCAUCCAUCCUCUUCACACGCACCGCCAUCCGACCACAGAAAGUGGCCUGCUGUGGGUCCUUGAUCUUGGCGAUGGGAAGUCAAUUCUGGAUUUGCCUUUUCUUCCAUGGCUUCAAGACCAAGAAGAUGAUGUUGUUGCUCUUUUUGAGCAUCUAUGGAUUUGGGAAGGGCUCAUACAUGUCUGCAGAUCUAGCCUUAACCAUCGACACCAUGCCUGAUCCCGAUGAGGCUUCAAGAUACUUGGGACUUUGGGGCCUUAGUGCCUUUCUAGGAGCUGGAUUGGGAGGAUUGGCCAUGUCGAUGAUCUUAGAAUUCUUUGGUGAAACCUUGCCUGCUUCCUAUGGCAUGCACGUGAAGCCUGGAACCUAUUGUAUCCACGGCUAUGUGGCUUUGCUCCUCCUGUGCUUUUGCUGCCAAAUCUACGUGGCACACUUGUGUUUGCGAAUUCGGACGAGAAGGGAGUAUGAACAAGGCUUGGUGGUGAAGAGAAGAACUUCGAAGACCAACGCCUUUCUGCUUGAGCCAGCGCCUCCGAAAGACCAGGCGCGGCCGGCGAAGGGAAGUUUGGUGGCUGAACAGGGUCACAUCGCUGCAUCGCAGCUCCUGAAAAGCUCUCUUGGGGCAGACCAUUUCCAUAGCAGGCAGGUUUUUUCGGAACACCAAGACGCACCAAAACCAUCGUGA